AUUCGCAUCAAGUGUUCCUGCGCCUGCAAUUUUUAGCCAUAUCUUUACUUGAAUUACAGAUCUAUACGGUGACUUUGUAAUAUCGCUGAUCUCACCUUCUCGUCGUUUCUGUGGGCAGCUUCGCCACCCUGUCUGUACCAGUGCUGAACACCAAAAACUCUGGGUCAUUGAAUUUACAUCGACAAUCCUUUCACUCUCGUCACAUAUUAAUCUCAACGCAUACGGAUGAUUCUGGCCAAAACCCCUGACUUUUGACAUUCCUUCAACCUUCAACCUGGAAUCCGGGACACAUCACGACUUAUCAGCCACAUUCGCCACAACCUCAUCUUCAACAUCAAGCUAAGAAUCCGAAACCGUAACAGUCCACCAUGGCCGCAAUAGAUUUUGCGCGGUUGCGCAACCAAACAAUGGCCGAUGGCCUAGACAGCGAGGUCACAGUCAAUACAAGGUCGUUGAUUGAUAAGGUUUUGGCGCGGUAUUCUAGUGAACACACAACUCUACGAGAAUUAAUUCAAAAUGCUGCCGACGCCAAAGCCGACACUGUGGUAAUAAGACUUGAGACGGAUCCUUCUCUGAACAUACCUACGCCACAAGGUACAGAUGACUCGAUCCUGUUGAAACACAUCAUCCAGCACCAUACUCUCAAACGACUGAUAGUCACCAACAAUGGCCAACCGUUUACAGCCGCAGAUUGGAGCCGACUAAAAAGUAUUGCGGACGGAAAUCCAGACGAGACGAAGAUCGGGGCGUUUGGUGUUGGCUUCUACUCAGUCUUCGCUGACUGUGACGAACCUUUUGUUGUCUCUGGCGACAGAACGAUGGCGUUCUAUUGGAAAGGGAACACUCUGUCUACAAAGGUCGCCAACGUCCCAGCCGAGCACGCAACAUCAGACACAAUGUUCUCCCUGGAUUAUCGGCAAGCCAAUCCGGCGUCACCAUCAUACAAUCCUUCGAAGUUACCCAACAUACCGACAUUAUGCCAGUUUUUGGCGACCAGUUUGACCUUCGUUGGGCUCAGCAAGAUUGAACUUCAUGUGGACGAUCACGUAGUGGCGUCCCUCACUAAAAAGAUUUCACCGCCUGAAGACGUUCGAGUGCCUGGGACUCUGAAGACAGAAACUGAAGGCGGGCUGAUGCGCGUCACGCACGUCACACGUCAGCAUUCUCAAAUAGAUGCCGAGUGGUUGAACGUCAUUGCAUCUGCUCAGAAUCCACCGAAGAGACCUUCAGAGUUGGUGCAGCAGGAAGUUCGCAAUGCGGGGACUUCAUUGAAAAGCUUUUUCUCCAGAUUCUCGAAUCCAGUUCCACAAGCCCCAUCGAGGGCUCCGAAGCCGCAGUUGGCUGAGAGGAUCAGCGUUAGCGAAGAUAUAGCGGGAGAGUCAAAGGGCACGAUAUUCCUGCAAGUCUGCACAAUCGAAGUCGCCACGCGCGUGUCCCGCAAUUUUGCAGCGGAGAUCGAGCGGGCGACGAAGAAGGCACCACCAAAAACAACAAAAAUCGCUCUGUUGACAUCGCCAUAUCAAGAGUCUUCGACAAGUCUUUCAACAGGAUCAGGGAGCACAGCAGAGCUGGCCUCGAAGAUCUUCGCGGAGGUGUUACCAACAAAGGCCGGUCGUAUUUUCAUCGGAUUUCCUACCGCGCAGACGACCGGCUUCCUUGCUCACAUCAGCGCUCCGUCACUCAUCCCAACGGUCGAACGAGAAAACGUUGAUAUGAAUGCCCGAUUCAUCUCCACAUGGAACAUUGAACUACUGCGUGUAGCUGGACUGGCAUGUCGGAUUACCUACGUCUCUGAGAUGGCAGACAUUCAGGCACGCGUCGGAAAAGAGUCUGUUGACUCUUUAGUUCCCAGAGCGAUCUACACCUUCAAGCAAUACACUGCGAACGCGUCUCAUCCUUCCACAUCCUUAGGAGAGAAGAUUGACGAAGCAUUCUGGAGCUGCUCUAAGGAACGCUCCAUCGAUAUACUCUCUACGAAGGGAGUCAUGGCAAGCAAGCAUGUGCGCAUGCCGGCGGAAACUUUGAGUUUUCUGGGAGAAGUUCCAAUGGUGCCUCAAGAAUUAGCCAACGGGGCCGUCGACUUCAUGCUCAAUCUUCACAACCGAGGGUUCAUUUCGGAACUCACGAUGCAAGACAUCCGCAAGGGCCUUGAGUCUCGUGCGUUGAAUGAGGAUGAGCUGUGUGAGUUCUUGAAAUGGUGUGGCUCCAAGCUUGAGAGUAAUGAAAUCGAUAUUCCCGGCGCGCGUAGUCUUUUCGAGAAUACGGUUGCGAACAUCGACGUGCAGCCUGACAAGAACUCUGGGAAGAUUCUCGCUCUAGGAGACAUCGAUACAUAUGUCAACCCAGCCAGGAUCACGCCUAGUCUACCAUUGCCCCCAAGUACAAUCCCUUUUGUCUUUACGAAGGGCAUGUCGAUCAAGCAGCUGCAAAUGUUCGCCUGGAUAGAGUUGUCCAUGGUUCGAUGGCUUCGGCAUAUGACGACACAACCCCAGCUUGAAGAAUUUACGACGUCUGAGACGCUCGCUUCUGCGGUGCUUACUUUGGCAUCGAAAUGCUGGGAACAAUUGGAUACAACUUCCAAAGAUACUGUAGUCAAGAUUUUGACACCUCACGCCAUUAUGCCGACCAAAAUGGGAAUGCGCCGUCCACAAGAGUCCUACUUCCCCACGGUGAAACUGUUCGACGACCUGCCGACUGUCCAACCGUUUGCUGGAUCCAAAGACAAGUUCCUACUUGCGCUGGGAGUCAGAAAGACCAUUGACCUACCUAUGGUGUUCGAUAGAAUGCGAAACCGUGAUACCGCGCAACCCUCAGAGAAAGCGUCUUGGAACCAUGUCGACCUGAUCCGAUACUUUGCAUCUGUGAUGCAGGAGAUCCCCAGGAACGACCUUUACCGGUUGCGCGAUACACCAUUCCUGCCGGGAGAAGGUGGACCCAUUGAGCAAGGACAACUGUUCAAGGCUUCCGAACUUUAUGCUCCUGACCCAGCUAUACUUACUUUGGGAUUGACCCAAAUCAAAAUACCCUUUGAGUUCAAGGCUACCUCGCGUGAAGGUGUACUGCUACUGGCUCUUGGCUUGAAGCUGUGGCCUACAUCUAUGACUAUCGCGAAGAUUUUGCAUCGCGCUGGGCAAUCAAAUGACAAACACCUCUACAAUCUGACCAUGGAUUACUUCCUGCAGAACCACUACAGACACAGCUAUGCCUCGGAGACGGCACAAUUUGCUGCGCUGGCCAUUCCAAUCUUGCCUACGGACCAAGUCCCUUUCCCUGCACUAGUAGGGCCAUUUCAAUGCUACACGAACGAAAAUGCAGCUUGUUUUGGAUUUGCGAUUCUCAGAAAGGAUCUCCACGCUCAUGCUGAAAAGUUUGGAGUUCAACGUGAUCCCAACAUCGCGCCGUGUGUGCAGUACCUGAUGAAGGCGCCUCCAAAGACCAAGGUAGAUGCGGAGAUACAAUUCGGCUAUCUUGCGUCUCGUGCGACCGACCUCGAACAAAAUCGUGGCUUGAUUGGCAGCCUCUCAUCAGCCAACAUCGUACCUGUAUUCCGGAAGUACUAUCUCGAUCCCACAUGCAGUGGUUUUGAAGAUCGAACGAAGCGCCAGACGGGCAAGACGGAGUAUCGCGUUCAUCACUUUGAUCCACCCGAGCAUGUCUUUGUUGGUCGCGAUCAAGAGUACAAAGGUAUUCUUGAUUACGUUCAGUAUGGUCCCGAGGCGACUGCAUUUCUCUUGAAAGUUGGAGCAAAGCACGAGCCAAGCAUACACGACCUGGCGGCCUUGCUGGCGAAGAACCCCGCUCGGUUCCUUAACACAAUUGGACAAGACAAAUACCUCGACCUGCUUAGAAAGCUGGCCGAUCACGCAGGUAACCUGUGGAAAGACAAGGAACUGGUGCAGACGCUGCUUGCGUCAAGAAUACUCCUGGGCUAUCGGGACAUCAAGGAGGAUACCAAGAAAUCAGAGGGGGACGAGGAUGACUUUGAUGACUUGGACGAGCCUGGUGUGCACCGAGAAUGGUCCCUCAACCAGGCUCGUGAGAUUGUCAUCAUCGACAACGUCAACUUCCUGACCAGAUUUCGGGACUACAUCAUUGCGGCGCCUCAGGAGGAGCUGCUUGAAGAGUUUUACGCUCGUUUCGGCGUUCAGAAGGUAUCGGAUCUCGUCAAGACAGAGCAGCGAAUUGGCACAGUAGCUCGUGAUCAGACUCCUGCGCAACAUCUGCGGAAGGAUAUUCUGGAGCGCGUCCGACUUUUCCUCCACGAGUAUGAGCGCGACGCUUCGUCAAAUGCUGUAAAGGCCGAUGCAAAGUGGCUCAACUCAAAUUUGACUGUACACUGUGUGUCUGAUAUCGGGAUUCGCUACUCGCUUGCAGAGCGGAACGUCGCUACGACGGUGAAGAAAACGGCAGUCAUCCUCAAGGUACGGAGUACAGGACACGUAUUGAGUAUCACACCAAAGUACGAUUUGUACGAAGUCUCCAGCGAGCUUAUCCGCCUCCUGAUCCGACGGCCCAAGCAAAACGACGCAAUCGCUCUGGAGCGAAUCUUGACCGAACCGCUCCGACGGCUGCAACAAAAGGGCAUCAACGUGGAGCGUAUUCUGCGCAAACGAGAGCACGAGGCGCGUAUAGCCCAGCAGCAAGAACUCGAACGCGAGUACGAAGAGAAACAGCACGCAGCCGAAGAAGCCAAAUCAGGCGUCGUCAAAGCCAUAGAGCCCCCCAAAGCGCCCGAGACACCAGAGAAAGGAGCCAGCAUGCCCGGCGCCUUCGGCAGCCCAGAAAACACCAUGGAGCUUGCCAACAAUCCCCGCAACGAAGACAAGAGCCUGAUCAACAACUGGGCCAAGAAACUCGGCUUCAAAACCGCUCCCACUGCACCUGCCCCUGGCGGCACAGAUGGCCCUCAGAUUAGCCGCGACAUCCAGGCCACGAAAUCAAACAUCCAAAACGCUAUCAACGAGUGCAGACCAACCGGCAUGCAGAACAUCAACACAAAGCACCACCAGGACCCCACCGAGCUCGACAGAGGCGGCUACUGCAACGGCGAGCAGUGGGAGAACCUACAUAAAGCCUUCUCCGUGCCCUACGCCGGCCGGCACGUCGACAUCUACUACGGGCGCGACGAGUCCGCACCGCUCGACACACUGCACUCGCACCUCUCCGCCUUCCUCCCGCUCGUCUUCGGCCUGACGGCCAUCUUCGCCGUGAAUCCCGCAGCGGUGAACAUCUUCCUCGACCGCAAGUCCAACACCGUCGCGUUCAAUCUGAGCGGCAGUCUAUUCUUCAACUUGGCGUGGUUCAUGGCGCUGCAUUCCGAGGGGUGGGGCACCAAGGAGGGCAGGCUUAGGGCGUUGGAUAGCUGGUUCUUCACGUUUUGCCAUGAGUUAGCGCAUAAUCUCGUCAGCGAUCAUAAUGCGCGGCAUAGUUGGUAUCAGCAGCAGAUUGCUAUUGAGUUUAGUCAGGAGUAUCGUAGGAGUUUGGAGGUUGCUACGAUGGGGAUGGCGGGUUAGAUUGGGGGGUUAGAUUAGAUUGGCGGGAAGAUGGGUUGUUUCGGCGUCUUGAUUGGGAGGAGGAACCGUUGUUUUGUUUUAUUUUAUAUCGCAUGUAGAUCAAUUUAUCAUCAGAGAG